AUGUACAAUGGAGUCAGACUCUUAUUGCACAUACACAUUGUAGCUUCAAAAAUAUCAAGAAGAGAAUUCAGUAAUGAUAUGUCUAAGUUCAAAGAGCUUUUGCAGUCAGCGAAAGAAGUAGUGGUUUUAUCUGGUGCGGGUAUAAGUGCUGAAUCUGGUAUACCCACUUAUCGAGAUCAGGGUGACCUAUGGAGAACUCUGCCGUCCUCCAUUUUAAAUAAUCCUGGAACUUUUAGGGAGGACCCGGGCUUAGUGUGGGAGUUUUAUCAUCACAGACGGGAGAUGGCCUUGAAAGCACAACCAAAUGCGGGUCACAUAGCCAUAGCUAAGUACGCACAAAGACAUGCAGCCGAUAAAAAGGUGACUGUAGUAACACAAAAUAUAGACGGAUUGCAUUCUAGAGCCGGUGCGAAAAACGUUAUCGAACUUCAUGGCACUCUGUUUAAAACCCGUUGUACUAAAUGUAAUGAGGUUUUAGUCAACACCGACAGUCCUAUUUGUCCGGCGCUUCAGGGCAAAGGUUCAGAAACUUCCACACAGCUAUACUCCGACAUCCCUGAGAAAGAUCUACCACAUUGUAAAAAGUGCGGUGCUCUCCUGAGGCCUUAUAUUGUUUGGUAUGGAGAAUUAGUGGAAUCUGAGACAAUAAAGCGAUUAGAACCAGUUAUAUCAAAGUGUAACAUGUUGUUAGUAGUUGGUACCUCUUCGAUUGUCUACCCAGCUGCUGCAUUCCCCACUGUGAUGUCAGCAGGAGGAUCAACUGUAGCGGAGUUUAACAUUGAACCGGCACCGGCUUCGACAAUGUUUGAUUUUUACUUCGUUGGCCCAUCUGCCACAACUUUACCGGUAGCUUUAAGUGACUAA